GAAGUUAACAUCACAUGCUAUACUUAUUAUAAUUUUUCAAUUAUACGUUUCUCCUCUCGGCCUUUAACGCUUUUAGAGUCUCUGACCGCUGCUUUCCUUAGAACUGAAACAAGCGAAAAAUUCAUUGGACUAUCUCAAAAAGUAUUGGAUUGUUGUUAAUCACAAUUAAACAAUUUAUUUGUUGGAGGCAGCGGUAGACUCAGUAAAUUAAUUAAAAUGGCAUCUCUUCCCAAAGUUGAUAUUGAUAAGCCUAAAUUUGAUCAGAGCACGUAUUGGGGUCGUGCCAAGCAUUUCUUUUUGCUAACCAAUCCUCUGAACUUGUUCGCAUCAUCUAGCGACCUGGAGAGAGCGCGUGAAAUAGUUGAAAAGUAUCGAGCUGGCAAAUCUGUUCCCGAAUGCAAAUCAAUCGAGGAUGUGUGGAGGGCCAAGUAUCUGUACGAUUCGGCCUUUCAUCCGGAGACUGGGGAGAAGCAGCUUAUCAUUGGGCGCAUGUCGGCACAGAUGCCAAUGAACACCUUCAUUACUGCUGGUAUGAUGACCUUUUACAAAACAACCAGAGCCGUUGUCUUUUGGCAGUGGUUCAAUCAAACUUUUAACGCCACCGUCAACUAUACAAACCGCUCCGGCAAAACUCCAAUCAGUAAUACACAGUUGUUAACCUCCUAUUGUCUGGCAACAAGUGGAGCAUUGGGCACCGCCCUCACCCUGAACAGUGCGGUGAAGAAUAUGAAUCCUUUGGUUGGUCGCCUGGUGCCUUUGGUUGCCGUUGCAGCCGCCAAUUGCAUUAACCUUCCCUGCAUGCGAAUGCAGGAGUUGCGCAAUGGUAUCGUUCUUUUGGAUGAGAAGAACAAUGAGGUCGGCAUUUCGAAGAAGGCCGCUUUCGUUGGCAUUUCAUCUGUUGUGAUCAGUCGAAUUGCCAUGGCAAUUCCCGGAAUGACAUUGACGCCUGUUCUGAUAAAUCACCUGGACAAGAACGGAUUCCUGAAGAAAUUUCCCCAUAUGAAUGCACCAAUUCAGACUAUCUUCUGUGGUAUUAUAUUAAUAUUUUCAACACCCAUGGGCUGUGCAUUCUUCAGUCAACGCGCUGCUAUCAAGGUUGACUCGCUGGAGUCCGAAGCGAGAGAGUCUAUCAAGAAGAAUCGACCCGACUUGGAUACUGUGUGGUACAAUAAGGGUUUGUAG